AUGGACUCGAUUGUAUGCACGGCACUGGAGGAAAUCUGUUGUCAGGGAAAUACAGGGAUUUCUCUAGUUUAUCUCUGGUCACGGCUCGCUCCUCCUUCUCUAUCUCUUUCCGUAAAGGCUCAUGUCUGGAGAAAUCUGCUAUUGAUCCCUCAGCUUCAGUUCAAGGCGAAGAACACUGUGUACGGACCAUCGGAUGCUUCGAUUCAACUUCUGGAAGAUGCUUUGAGACUCGAUUUGAGGAUCGUCGCGAAUGAGAAGCUCCGAGGUAACUUCGUUGGCUUGUACGAUGCUCAGUCCAAUAACGCGACUGUUUCCGCGAUUCAGCGUCGCGUUCUUGAACGGUUGGCUGUUGCUCGGGCCAAUGGAGUUGCACAAAAUCUGCUUGCUAAAGAGUUUGGUAUUGAAGCAAGGAACUUCUUUUAUAUUUUGAAGCAACUUGAGUCUAGAGGUUUAAUUGAUAAGCAACCAGCGAUUGUGAGAACAAAAGAAGUUGAUGGUGAAGGAGAUUCCAAGACCACCUCAUGCAUUAGCACCAACAUGAUUUACUUAAGUCGUUACGCUAAGUCUUUGGGUUCCCAGCAGAGGUUUGAAAUCUGUAAAGAGGAAUCUACGUCGGAGACAACAAUGAAGGAGCAUGAGGCUACUGCGGCCGGGGAUAGUCUACAAUCUGAAAGUAAAAAAGAUGAUACGCUCGUCAAAGAUUUUCUACCAGCAAUGCAGGCUGUUUGUGAUAAGCUUGAAGAAGCGAACGAGAAGGUUCUAGUCGUCUCAGACAUUAAGCAAGAACUUGGUUAUAUGGGAUCACAUUCAAGGCAUAGAGCUUGGAGAAGUGUUUGUCGCCGAUUAACUGAUUCUCGUGUAGUAGAGGAGUUCGAUGCUGUGGUGAACAACAAGGUUGAACGAUGCUUCCGCUUGCUAAAAAGAUUUUCAGCAAAAGAUUUUAACUACACAGGGAAAAAGCAACUCCUAAAAUUCAGAAGGAGUAUUCAAAAAACAGAACAAACUUUGGAGCUUCCAAUAGAUUAUCAAAUUUAUGAUAUGGUUGAUGCUGAAGGAUGUAAAGGCUUGGCGGUGAUGGAGGUAUGUCAAAGGCUUGGAAUUGAUAAGAAGAAGAGCUAUUCUCGGCUUCUUAGUAUUUGUUCAAGAGUCGGGAUGCAUUUACAGGCAGAAAGCCACAAGAAGACUAGAGUAUUUCGAGUUUGGACUUCUCGUCAUGCUGGGUCUGAGUGUUCUAAUCUGUUUCCUGAUAAAGCUGGAAAGCUUAGCAAGGCAAAUAAUGUACCGAUUAAUAAUUUUGGCACACCUCAUGAUACUGGUGGAUUGGCUCAGAACUCCAUAGAACACAGUCUUGCAGUUUCUGAUGCUGACUUUCCUACACCUGCAAGGUCAACUGAUUCUGAAAGCAAUUCAGGAGUUCUCGAUUGUUCCCCAUCUAAUGCCAAAAGGAGAAAUGUGCUUACUCGUCGUAACUUACAAGAAUCAUUCCAUGAGAUCGGUGAUAAGGUUGUUGAUGCUGCAACAGGGUCCCCUGAUUUGGCUUUGGCAGAAAUGAACCAUCUUGUUCAACCGAAGACGGCUAAACCAAAAGUGCAUCAACCUCAUCCGAUUACUGUGGAAAACGCUCGAAGGGAGCGGAGAAUACUUGAGCGCUUAAAUGAGGAGAAGUUUGUUUUGAGAGCCGAGCUACAUAAAUGGCUUCUCAGUCUUGAGAAGGAGAGGAGCUCUAAGGUGGAUAGAAAAACCAUUGACAGAAUUCUAAACAGGCUUCAAGUAGAAGGACUCUGCAAGUGCAUGCCCGUUAGUGUCCCAAAUGUAACGGAUUGUGGUAGUACUCGUAAAUCUGUGAUAGUUUUGCAUCCAUCUGUUCAAAGACUGGCUCCAGACGUAGUUGGUGAAAUUCAUGAUAGGAUUAGGUCUUUUGAACUUGGACUCCGUGGCCAGAAUUUGUCAAAGAGAAAAAGCAACGAGCCAAUUCCAAUAUUGAAUGACGUUCAGAGAGGUAAAACCAAUGUAGAUUUGGAAGCGCGAACUAGGAAAUCUGGAGCCAUGCGAGCCAAUGGAUUUGUGCUUGCAAAGAUGGUUCGUGUGAAGCUCCUGCAUUGUUUCCUUUGGGACUAUUUUAGUUCUUUGCCUGGCUGGAACAAUGCUUUUUCUUCUACACAUGAUCAUAAAUUUGAGAAUUUGUUUGCACUUGAAGAUGCUUUUAGAGCCAUGCCACUCGAACUUUUUUUACAAGUUGUUGGAACUACUCAGAAAGCUGAUGAUAUGAUGAAGAAAUGCAAACAGGUUAUGCGUCUUUCUGAGCUUCCUAGCGAAGAGUAUAAGCUUCUAAUGGAUACUCUUGCGACUGGAAGAUUAUCAAUGCUAAUUGACAUUUUACGCCGGUUGAAGUUGAUUCAGAUGGUAAGUAGUAGAUUCAGACUCGACGAAAUUGAGGAGAAGUAUGCCAAUUUGACACAUGCUAUGGAGCUUACGCUUUAUAUAGAAGAACCUGUGUUUGUUGCUGCUACAUCUAGUGUCAUGUCUCUUGAUUUUCGUCCACGUAUUCGGCAUGACUUUAUUCUAUCAAAUAGGGAUGCUGUUGAUGAAUAUUGGCUAACUUUAGAAUAUUGCUAUGCUGCUGCUGAUCACAGAGCUGCAAAGCAAGCAUUUCCGGGAUCUGUUGUUCAAGAGGUUUUUUGUUUCCGCUCAUGGGCCUCAGAUCAAGUCAUGACAGCAGAACAGCGUGCUAAACUCUUACAGCAUUUUGCAGUCGAUGAGAAGGAAAAACUCUCAUUCAAAGAGUGUGAGAAGAUUGCUAAGGAUCUGAACCUGGCCUUGGAGCAGGUUAUGCAUGUCUAUCGUGCCAAGCAUGGAAGACGCGUAAAAUCAAAAAAUAAAAAAGAUGCUGCAGAAAAUGGCCCUCCAUCUUCCAGGAAAAGAAAAAGAGCAACUCCCAAGGUUCUAAAUUUUGAUGCCAUUGAUGCCUCAAGUAAUGAGAAUUUUCUAAAUUCAUUACAAGAGGACCAAACCCCCAUUCCGAUGCAUCAAGAGCAUAAUCAACAGGAAAAUGCAGAGUUCAGAGAUCUUACUGAAGAUGAAGGCGAGUGUUCGUCUAUCAUCAACCGGUAUGCAAGUUCAAAGACCACAUCAACUCCUUCACAAAGAUUUUUGUGGACAGAUGAGGCGGACAGGAUUUUGUUGCGUCAAUAUGUUAGAUACCGUGCAGCAAAUGGGGCAAAAUUUCGUGGAGCAAAUUGGGCUUCAGUUCCAGAACUGCCUGCACCUCCUUUAGCUUGCAAGCGACGGGUUCAUAUAUUGAUGAAGAAUGAUAAAUUUCAGAAGGCGCUCAUGAGGCUUUGCAAUCUGCUCAGCGAGCGUUAUGCAAAACAUUUAGAGACAAAACAGAAGGAUUUGCCCGGGAGCAACAGUUCACAUGUUCUUGUUAGAUAUUUAUCCCAGUCCAUUGGCGGAACGGAUUCCGGUUGUGUUGAGCAUGGGAAAGAAAUUAGUUUUGAUGAAGAGAAAUGGGUUGACUUCAAUGAAAAGAGUAUAAGUCAAGCCUUUAAUGAUGUUCUUGAGCUCAAGAAGAUAGCUAAACUGGUGGCCCCUAAACGGACCAGACCUGGCUCUAGGGAAUGGUCAAACAGAGAUCUAGUUGAUGAGGAGAGUGAAAUGGUUCCACCUGCAAUUCAUUCAGAGGACAGUCAAAAUGUUUCUGUGGAUCAAGCUAAAGAUACAUCUCGAAGAUCUGGACAUUAUCGUCUUCAUAAAAAUUUUAAGCCUUUAGCUGAAAAAGACUGUGGUAGUAUACAAGUACGGAAAUCGCUGGCGGUUUCUACUGCUGUAGAACUGUUAAAGCUUGUCUUUCUGAGCAUGCCUACUGCACCUGGUAUGCCAAAUUUGCUGGAAGAUACCUUACGACGAUAUUCAGAACGAGACCUCUUUACAGCCUAUAGCUACCUUCGAGACAAAAAGUUCCUGGUUGGUGGAAGUGGUGAACAGCCAUUUGUGCUUUCUCAGAACUUCUUGCAUAGUAUUUCAAAGUCUCCAUUCCCGGUUAAUACUGGAACAAGAGCAGCCAAGUUCUCCAGUUGGCUUCUCGAACAUGAAAGAGACCUCAUGGCUGGGGGAGUCGCUCUUACUUCAGAUUUGCAAUGUGGCGAUGUUUUAAAUUUCUUUUCAUUGGUUUCGUCUGGUGAACUUUCUAUAUCUGUAUCCUUACCAGAAGAAGGUGUUGGAGAGUCUGGAGAUCGUAGAGGUUUAAAACGUAGAGCUGAUGACAUAGAAGAAUUGGAAGCUGAUAGUGCUAAGAAAUUAAAGCUACUAGGCGAAGGUGAAAUUAAUUUCCGAAAGGAGAAGGGUUUCCCUGGUAUAGCGGUAUAUGUUCGGCGUGUAACUAACGCAGUAGAGUUGUUUAAGGAUGAUGACUCUUGCGCUGGUCAACUUCCUUUCAACUCGGGAGGAACGCAUGUUGGCUGUGAUUCUGAUGAUAUGAAGGAACUUUUCAACUCUACGGAUGCUAAUGUCAUAUCUGCAGACGAGCAAGUGAGUUUAUUCAGUCCCGGGGUUUUUGAAACCGUUUCCAAUGCCCUUCAGAAGGCUGGUGACCAAGGUCUGAGCGUUGAAGAACUCCACCGUCUUAUUGAUAUUCCAAGCAAGGAAACUUGUGAUUGCAUCGUAGAUGUACUUCAAACAUUUGGGAUAGCUUUGAAGGUAAAUGGCUAUAAUAAUUUCCAUGUUGUCCAUUCCUUCUACCGAUCAAAGUACUUCUUGACACUGGAGGAGGGUGGAACUUCCCGAAAAGAACAACAGACUCUACCAGUGAACUACCUUGAGAGAGCUGUUGGGGAACAUAGGUCAAACGAUGUUGUUGCUAGCGGCUGCAGUACUUCACAGGAAGAGGCAGAGCAUGUCACUGGGAACAGCGUUCACAAGGUUACAAUUCUUAACUUCCCUGAAGUGGCUCAAACAAGCGAUUUGCACGAAGCAUCUAUCGAAGCUCCAUCUGUUACUCUUGGAACGGGUAUCGAAGGUGAAACAAAGGAAUCAACUUCUGAGAAGUCACCUGUGCCUAUAUUUCCAUGGAUGAACGCUGAUGGAUCAUUGAAUAAAGUUGUCUUUGAUGGACUUCUUCGCCGUGUUCUUGGCACCGUGAUGCAAAAUCCCGGUAUAACAGAGGACGAGAUCAUAAACCUAAUGGACGUACUCAAUCCUCAGAGCUGUAGAAAGCUUCUGGAGUUGAUGAGACUCGACGGGUAUAUAAAAGUGAAGGAAAUGGAGCAAACCAAAUACACCGGUCCUCCGUCUCUGCUCAACAGUCUUCUCUUAACCGGUCCCAGAAAACCGGAGCUCAUCCGCCGCAAACACUUGUUUGGCAACUCCAAGGGACUCUUUGCCUUGUAA